UGUUUGGAACAAACAGGUUGGAGUUGUACAGGAGACCUGCAGAUAUUUGGGUCAGAUGACUCCUGCUGUUAUGUCAGUUUUGGUCGUCAUUCUAAUUACUGAUGUUUUCUGGUCAUAUAAACCUUCAACAUGACUUCAACCAUCUGAUGACUUUUACAAUAUUUCUUUCACAGCUUGUGAAUCCAGGUGAAGAUCUGAACAUUAUAUAUGUUACAGAGACACAUGUGAGGGGUGAUGAGCAGAGUACAGAGGACAUUCCUACAGAUAUCCGCCCAGAUGACUGUAACAGGAGCUCAGAAGAACAUCUGGUGUCUUCACAUUUUAAAGCAGAUGAUCACGUUGUAACACAAGGUACCUAUGAAAAACAUGCCAUUAUCACAGAUGUACCCUCUGACAUUUACAGCAAAAAUCCAUCAUCUGAUGUAAUGAAACACGCAGAGCAGAAGGCAUUUUCUUGUACAGAAUGUAAUAAAUAUUUCAACCAGAAAUCAGACCUUGUUAGACAUCAGAAAAUUCACACAGGGGAGAAGCCAUUUCCAUGCCCAGAAUGUGGGAAAUGUUUCACUUUAAAGAAAACGUUGGUUACACAUCAGAAAAUUCACACAGGGGAGAAACCGUUUUCAUGUUCAGAAUGUGGGAAAUGUUUUAACAAGAAAUUACAUCUCGUUACACAUCAGAUAAUUCACACAGGAGAGAAGCCAUAUUCAUGUUCAGAAUGUGGGAAAUGUUUUACAAACGGAUCAAAUCUUUUAAAACAUAGGCAUAUUCACACAGGGGUGAAACCACAUUCAUGUUCUGAAUGUAGGAAAUGUUUUACCCAGAAGUCAGCACUUGUUACGCAUCAAAGAACUCACACAGGGGAGAAGCCAUUUUCAUGUUUAGAAUGUGGGAAAUGUUUUACUUGGAAAACAGAUUUUGUUAGACAUCAGAGGAGUCACACAGGGGAGAAGCCAUAUUCAUGUUCUGAAUGUAGGAAAUGUUUUACCCAGAAGUCAGCGCUUGUUACGCAUCAAAGAACUCACACAGGGGAGAAGCCAUUUUCAUGUUUAGAAUGUGGGAAAUGUUUUACUUGCAAAUCAGAUUUUGUAAGACAUCAAAGAACUCACACAGGGGAGAAGCCAUUUUCAUGUUUAGAAUGUGGGAAAUGUUUUACUUAUAAAACAGAUUUUGUUAGACAUCAGAGGAGUCACACAGGGGAGAAGCCAUUCUCAUGUUCAGAAUGUGGGAAACGUUUUACCAGGAAAUUAAAUCUCGUUACACAUCAAAUAAUUCACACAGGAGAGAAGCCAUAUUCAUGUUCUGAAUGUAGGAAAUGUUUUACCCAGAAGUCAGCACUUGUUACGCAUCAAAGAACUCACACAGGGGAGAGGCCAUAUUCAUGUUCUUAAUGCAGGAAAUGUUUUAACUGGAAAUCAAAUUUUGUUAGACCAAGAGAAUGUACACAAUAAAAGGCCAUUUUUAUGUUCCGUAUAUGGGAAAUGUUUACCUACAAAUCACAUCUUUCUAAACAUCAAAGAACUCACACCAGGUAGAAGCCAUUUUAUUUCGUUAAACUAAAGAAAAAUAUCAAGUACAGUCAAAGUAAAGUCAUGUCACACAAGAGAAAGGGAAAUCAGUUAAGAUUCAUAAAUGAUGAUUAUGAAAUGUAUGUAAUUACCAAUCAAUGUCUCUUAUCCAAAAAGCAAAAAGAAUCCAGAUAACUCACCUGUAUAUCCACCAUGUGCAGAGAAUAUUUUACAUUCAUUUAUUUAACUGAAUAUUAAAACUUUUUUCUAAUCAUUAAAAAUAUUUGCUUUAAAACUUG